AUGGUUGCCGAAGAGGACAUCGAGAAAGAAGUUCUUCAAUUGAUAGACAGUUUUUUCCUGAAGGCUACAUUGCUAAUAUGCUCUACCGAAUCAAGUCGAUACCAGUCUUCUACAGAAAAUAUAUUCCUAUUUGACGAUACAUGGUUUGAAGAUCACUCAGAACUAGUGGGCGAGCUACCCGAGAUAAUAUCAAAAUGGUCUCACUACGACGGUCGAAAAGAGCUGCCACCUUUAGUAGUAGAGACGUACUUGGAUUUAAGGCAGUUAAACUCCUCCCAUUUAGUUAGAUUAAAAGACCACGAAGGCCAUUUAUGGAACGUUUGCAAAGGAACUAAGAAGCAGGAAAUCGUGAUGGAACGGUGGCUUAUCGAAUUAGAUAAUUCAUCCCCAACUUUCAAAUCACACAGUGAAGAUGAGACCGAUGUUACUGAACUUUCCAAGCAGUUAAUUCUCCUCUUCCGUUAUUUGUUGACUUUAAUACAGUUAUUACCCACAACAGAAUUGUACCAAUUACUAAUAAAAUCUUAUAAUGGUCCGCAAAAUGAAGGAAGUUCCAACCCAAUAGCUACGACAGACCCACUGGUCAGCAUCCGGACGCGUGUUCUUGACGGAUCUAAACCAAUUUUGUCAAAGGGGAGAAUAGGGUUAAGCAAACCGAUUAUUAACACCUACUCCAAUGCACUUAACGAAUCAAAUCUGCCAGCCCAUUUAGAUCAAAAGAAAAUCACACCUGUGUGGACAAAAUUUGGCCUCCUAAGGGUCUCGGUAUCAUACAGGCGUGAUUGGAAGUUUGAAAUUAACAAUACCAAUGAUGAAUUAUUUUCAACUCGACACGUAGCCGUUCCACAUAACUUACAAGGGCCUCAAAAUGAGCCAGGACAGAGAGGAAAUAAUGAUCAGGAGGUAGCAAAACAUCAACCUCAGUAUCAACCGCAGGAUCAACAGCAACAACAGCAACAACAGCAACAACAACAACAAAGGCAAAAUCAGGACCAGAUACGACAACAAAUUCAACAGCAAAGACAGAUACCUGAUAGAAGAUCUCUUUCACUUUCUCCCUGUACAAGGGCCAAUUCCUUUGAACCGCAAUCUUGGCAGAAGAAAGCCUAUCCAAUUUCGAGACCUGUUCAACCAUUUAAAGUCGGUUCUGUCGGAAGUCAAAGCGCGAGCAGAAAUCCCUCCAAUUCAUCCUUCUUCAACCAACCACCUAUUCAUAGGCCAAGUAUGAGCUCCAACUAUGGACCACAAACGAAUAUUGAAGGUACCAGCGUCGGAAGCACCUCAAAGUAUUCCUCCUCAUUUGGGAACAUUCGUCGUCAUUCAAGUGUAAAAACGACAGAAAAUGCUGAAAAAGUAUCAAAAGCUGUAAAAAGUCCAUUACAACCGCAAGAGUCACAAGAAGAUUUAAUGGAUUUUGUUAAAUUACUGGAAGAAAAACCUGAUCUAACUAUCAAAAAGACGGGUGGAAAUAAUCUGCCUAAUAUCAACAUUUCUGAUUCAUUAAUUAGAUAUCAGAAUCUGAAGCCAAGUAAUGACUUAUUGAGUGAAGAUUUAUCCGUGAGUUUAUCGAUGGAUCCAAAUCAUACAUAUCACAGAGGCAGGUCAGAUUCACAUUCCCCUUUGCCUUCCAUAUCCCCUUCGAUGCAUUAUGGAUCGUUGAAUUCAAGAAUGUCUCAAGGCGCCAAUGCAAGCCAUUUGAUUGCGAGAGGAGGUGGGAAUUCAUCCACUAGUGCCUUCAAUAGUAGAAGGAAUUCCUUGGAUAAGAAUGCAAACAAACAAGGUAUGUCAGGCCUACCUCCUAUUUUUGGUGGCGAGAGUACUUCAUAUCACCACGACAACAAAGUACAAAAGUACAAUCAAUUAGGAGAAGAAGAUGAUGAUGAGGACGACCAUUUGCUUAACCAAAUGGGGAACAGCGCUACAAAAUUCAAAAGUUCAAUAUCGCCAAGAUCAAUUGAUAGCAUUUCAAGUUCUUUCAUAAAAAGUAGGAUUCCCAUCAGACAACCGUACCAUUACUCUCAACCAACUACUGCACCCUUUCAAGCUCAGGCGAAAUUCCAUAAACCAGCAAAUAAACUAACUGAUAACGGCAAUAGGAGCAAUAGUAACAAUAACAGUCAUAGUGUAAAUGAUGGAGUUGGUUCGAUGCAUAAUGAAGAGGAUGAUCAAGACGAUGAUCUAGUAUUUUUCAUGAGUGAUAUGAACCUUUCUAAAGAGGGUUGA